AUGAAGUGUUCUACCCCGCUGUUUUUACUUGUUUUAUUCCUCUUUGCCGUCGUUCAUCCAUCAUUGGCCAUUCACGAGGAUGAGCAGGGGCUUAGGGACUGGAUAUUGCGCUUUGUUGGCCACGUGGAUCACGCGUCCUAUCAACCUGGUCUGCAGCCGAAUCACGUGUAUUUGGCCUCAAAGCCGGGGGCUGUUGCCGCCCUGUCACUCAGUGAUGGAGGCCUGCAGUGGAGGAAACUGCUUUCCGAGCCGCAGGUGUGCGUAGCGGCAAGCAAAAAUGAAGUGUUGGUCUCUUCUCGCUCAGGAACGGUGCAUCUUUUGAAUGCCGCAAAUGGGGAAAUUGAGAGAACAUUCAAACUGUCGCUGCCAAUUGGUUCCACUGUAGAAUCAUGCGCCAUUGUGGAAGGAAAAGUGAGGGUUGCCGCAAUGGACACAAUAACAGCCUACAUUUAUGAGUUUGGAUUGGUGACAGAGGAUGAUAUGAUGAAGCCCAGGAAUAAUUUCCCCAUUGGGACCGAUGUGCAUGCACUGCGCAUCAGCGGCAAACACAUAUGGGCACUUCGAACAUCGAGCGCCAAUCGCUACUCUCUCACAGGGGACGUAGAAAUGACUGACGUGGAGGGCGGCAGUUAUGGCAGCUCCGUCACGGCCUCUGGGGAUGCAGUUGUAUUUUCAGGCACAAGGAUAGCCGUGGUGCGGGAUGACGGAAAGACGGAAAAUAUUGCCUGUGAGAAUUGUGACGUUGGUGUGCUUUAUAGCACCACAGGCAAAUUUGAGGGUACGGUGAAAACAACAGCCGAUAAACUUGGCUUUACGGUUUUUUUUCCCGGAUCUAAUGUUCACGUUGCGUACGAUUCCGCCGCAAUUAUUGCCCCAACCGUCCUUCUUGCGGUAAGGGAUAGAUUGCAUGGGGCGCAGGUAAUUCUUCGAACUUCUAAUGGUCAUAUUCUUGCAGUCUCGGAAAAAUCCGGUAAGAUGUGGGAGCGCUUAGAGGGGCUUGCACAUCUUUCUGCCACCGUGAUUGCCGACAACCCGGCGCAUGAGGACCACUUUUCCUUUAACAAGGUGGCAUUAGCAAUCUCUACGUAUGGCGUGUUUUACACCAUUCCCAUUUCAGAGAUGGGGCAUAACAUCCGCGUACUAUCCGAUAUUUCCGACGUGAUUUUACAGAAGACGGCUGCAAGUUCUAUGGAGUCUGUGAAGAUUGAACGUAUGUUCCUCUCAGGGACAAAUGUUGUUACUGUCGUUGUCGCCUCUCCGGAAAAAAGAGUGAGUCUUGCUGUUGACUAUUCCACGGGGUCUGUAAUGGAGGUAAAGGUACAUGAGAAUUCAUUGUUUGUUUCACCAACAUUUGAGGUAACGCGUUCGCUGGAGCUUCAUGGAGCCGUUUCUUAUAAUAAUAUGCACUUCUUUACAGCAAACGUAAGCAGUGGCCUUAUUGAGGGGUACGCCGUUUCCGAGUCAUCCGAGGUUGUUCCACUCUGGACGGUGCGCAUGCCGUAUCCUUUGGUCGCUUACGCCACAGGAGAGGAUAUACUCCGUACGAAGACUGUUAAUCAUUUACGCGUUUUUCCAAACAAAACUAGUCAGGCAGAUGAGGUUCGUCGGAAGUAUCCCACACGCAAUGUCUUUGUCGUUGCCCACUACGAACCCUCUGAGGACGAGUUGACGACACUAGUCGUCACCGCUAUCGAUUCUGUUACUGGAAGUGUGCUGGCAACUGCACGUCACCGCAACGUGGAGGGUCCUGUGCACAUGCUUGUUGUAGAGCAUGCGGUUUUGUACUACUACAUGGACAUGGAGAAGGUUCGACAUUGUAUUGGCGUGUGGGAAAUGUUUGAGGAGGAGCCCGGCCGUGUUCUUCGCAAGGAUGCCGGCGCCACCAUACCGCAAGUCAUUGCCUCCUUUUUUUCCCGCUUCAAAAGGACGUUCAGUUCGCGUGCCACUCGUCCGCCCGUGGUGACUGUUGCCGUUCUCGGCGUGUACGGAGGAAAUCUUGCCACAAUGGGCGUCACAACGUCUUUUAAUGGCAUUUCUCGCAAGAGCGUUGUGCUCGCCUUUGACUCGGGUCGUAUCGCUACGGUGGAACUGAAUAGACUCCUGGCGGGUGGACAAUUGCCCCUUGACGACAAGGGCAAUCAAGCCACACAUGUCAUCAUCCCGAGCACUUCUUUGGCUUCGCACAAACUCCGAGUGGCAAAACCGAGCCUUAUUGCCACAACGCCCACAAAUUUGGAGAGUUCAUGCCACGUGUUGGUGUCCGGUUUGGAUAUCUUUUACGUGCGCGCUUCCUCGGGGAAGGCGUUUGAUCUCCUUAAUAGCGACUUCAAUAAGAACCUUUUGAUAACACUUACAUGCGGUUUUGGCGUUCUCACUUGUGCGGCACGUUACUUUGUCAGGCGGAAAGCCCUCAAUCUGCUUUGGAAGUAA